AUGGGGCGCUACACGACCGAGCAGACGUACACGGACAAGGCGGCGACGGUCGGGACCGUCCCGUACGAGGUCGUCAAGGAGAAGGAAGAGGCGACGCCCGCGCCGGCCGAAGCGUCCAAGGAGUCCAAGGAGCGCUUCAAGUUCAACCGCGUCGACAAUGUCGCUGGCAGUACCGCCGGCGCCGGCAGCGGCGAGUUCCACAUGUACCGCGCGGCCCGGCGCCGCGAGAUGGAGCGCGUCGGUGCUAUGGAAGCCGAGCACAAGAAGACGGUAGAAGACUUGGCCUUCCAGGAGAAGCGCAAGCGCGCGCAGGCCGAGCUGGAAGAGAAGACACGCCAGAAAGCAUCCAAGCGCCGCCGAAAGCAAGAGAACGCCAAGGUGAAGAAGAUGAUGGGCGCCGACGCCAAAAAGGACGAGCCGCUGGACGUGACGCCCGACGUCAUGCCGGGCGGCGUGCCCGAGAUCCCGAACGACGGCUCGUUCUUGGCCAAGCUCCUCGCGCAGCAGGCGUCGAAGAGCGAGGCCAGCACCGCGCCGACGACGACUAAGUAG